AUGCAAGGUUCUUCAACCCCACCCACGACUGGCCGAGGCCGUAGCCCUGGACUAUGGGGUAUGGGUGAUUUAAUCGAACUGGAUGAUGCCUCGGAAGGUCGAAGGUCGCCUAGUGUCAUGGGGACCUCACGCAGAGCAGCGCAAGCCUCAUCUUCAUCUUCCUCAUCUUUCCGCCCAACAGCCUCUGCUUCCACAACGAGCAGGUCUCGUGCGUUUGGAUCAGGCUCCGGUGACAGAGUCAAAGACGAUUGA